AUGGCUUCCGAACAGCAACACCACUACCCAAAUGGUGGUCACUACUCAGGGCAUAACAGAGUCCCCAACAUAAAAGAAUUCGUCGCUUCUCUCGACAAGGACAAGAAGGAACGAGAUGCAAAGAUCGACGCCCAACCUAAACCGAACGUGAAGAAUGAAGAUAUUCUGGAACACGAAAAUGACGUUGAACAAUAUAGGGGAAAGGGCAGAGUGGUUACGGAUCCCGUCACGGGCAAUAAGGUCACUAUCGACGACGUCAAUUCUAAUUUCAUGAAGGCCGUACAGGAUCCUCAUCUAUCAGUACCAAAUGCCAAUCUGGGGAAAGAAACGACGGUAAAGACAGAUCCGACACAGUCAGGAGAGGAAUACAGGAAAGCUCAGGAUAUAACGGCGCCGCCAGACCCCGUAGCUACAGGGGCUACUUCAGAUGUGCCGAUCCAUGGUGAGAAGACGAAUAUACUCUUCCACCCCACGCCGUCGGUAAGCUAUGAGCCAAUGUUCGCCAUUAUCGAACAGAGAGCAACAGUGUUAUGUAUUGGCCUCGUACUUGGUAUCAUCUUCGUGGGCAAGUUCUUUGGAGGUAGAUUACUGGGUCUAAUUCCCUUGGCCAUCUGUGUGGCUUCUGGUGUUUUCCUAUGGAUGAAGGAUUUGGUUAAGCGAGGCCGGGACAUCGAAUGGUCGAGCGAGCAGAAGCGCGGUGAGACAGCCGUCGCUAACCUGAUUCCCGAGUCUGUUGAGUGGAUGAACACACUCCUCGGCAUCGUCUGGGGCCUAAUUAACCCUGAUAUGUUCUCCGCAGUAGCUGACACCCUCGAAGAUGUUAUGCAAGCUUCCGUACCAGGAAUCAUUGAGAACGUCAAGGUGGCCGAUAUCAACCAGGGUAACAACCCCAUCCGGAUCCUCAGUCUACGAGCUCUUCCCGACAGCCACAUGAAGGAGAUCAAAGACGAGAUGCAUAAAGAGAACGAAAAAGUCAAGGAUCCACAGGAGCUUGCGGCUGAUGAAGAGGGAGGUGACUAUUACAACUUAGAAGCCUCUUUUGCUUACCAUGCGAAGCCCACGAGUAAUACUGUUUCGGCAAAGGCUCAGAACAUGGGUAUGCAGUUGGUAUUUUAUCUUGGUAUAAAGGGGUUAUUCGGUAUUCCCUUACCGAUUUGGGUUGAAUUAACCGGAUUGGUGGGAACUGUGCGACUAAGACUCCAGAUGGCCCCCGAGCCGCCAUUCCUAAAAGCAGUUACUAUUACGCUCAUGGGAAUCCCCAAGGUCGAAGCCGGUUGUACGCCGAUGAUGGAGCGUGGAGUCAACAUUCUCAACCUACCGGUGAUCUCCAACUUCGUCAACUGGGCCAUCAAAGCUGCCGCUAGCAUGUAUGUCGCGCCGAAGUCCCUGACGCUCGACCUUGGCAAGAUGCUAUCGGGAGACGACAUCCAGAAGGAAACUCAGGCUUUGGGUAUACUUUUCAUUCGAAUCCAUAAGGCCGUUGGGCUAUCAAAGCAAGACCGCCGAGGCUCCGAGGGUGGUGGUUCUGACCCUUAUAUCACUGUCAGCUUCUCUAAGUUCGGCAAGCCUAUGUACUGCACUCGCGUCAUUCAAGAUGAUCUCAACCCCGUGUUCGAAGAGAGUUGCGCCCUUGCCGUGACCCCUGACCUCAUCAAGGCAGACGAGCAGCUAUCCAUGGAGCUUUGGGACAGUGACCGCUCGAGCGCCGAUGAUGUUGUCGGCAAGGUCGAGCUUUCGCUACAGAAGCUAAUCCAGCACCCCGGCAAAAUGUACCAGCAAGUCUCUAGGCUGCGCGGCGUUAAGGCCGACAGCAGCAUGCCGGGUGAGCUACACUGGGAAGUAGGCUACUUUACCAAGACGCAAUUCCGCGCCGGUCUACGAACGGACGGCAAGGACAUCACCUUACCGACGGAGAUCCGAGAUAACAAGGAAUUACAAGACGACAAAGGCGCCAUCCAGAACAACGAGGAAGACGCUGUUGUGCAUACACCUCCAGACCCAUUGUGGCCUUCUGGUAUCCUCAGCGUUGUCGUCCACCAAAUCGUUAACCUCGAGCUAGCCAAUGUGAAAGGCUCAGAAGGCGGAAAGAGAAAGGGUGGAAGGGAAUACGAGCCCGCCCGCGAUGCCGGGGAGAUUAAAGAGGAAUCUAGCAAGAAGCUGCCGAGUGCUUACUGCACUAUCUUGCUCAAUGACGAACUGGUCUACAAGACUCGUACGAAGGUGGUCUCUUCGAAGCCCAUCUUCAACGCCGGUACCGAAAGAUUCGUUCGGGAUUGGAGGUCUGCUAUUCUUACGGUCACGGUUCGUGACUCGCGUAAUAGGCAGCACGAUCCUAUCAUUGGUGUCGUGCCUUUGAAGAUCUCUGACCUUAUGCAGACUAGUAGUCAGGUCACUCGAUGGUAUCCCUUGGACGGCGGAAUUGGCUUUGGCAGAAUCCGCAUCUCCUUACUAUUCCGAUCCGUCGAACUAAAGCUCCCCCCUUCACAACUGGGCUGGGAUGUCGGUACAUUCGAAUUUACUUCGGAUAAGAUUAUCUCGACCUUUACAGGCUCAGGCAAGGGCAAGAUAAAGUUGAAGCUUCGGACAGGUAGUUCUGCAACCGUUAAGCGUGAGCAAUGCUCUGCCGAAGGCGAGAUCGUAGACUGGAACAUCAACGGCGUAACUAAUAACGGACGCCCUCGUCUUCCUGUCCGAUACCGCUACCGACCGAUCACCUCGGUAUGGCUACCGGAGCUCGUCGACAACGAAGACACGGACUUCGAUAUUCCCGUCUGGAGAUGUAACAACGCAACGCGCCUAUCGCAAAACUACAUCACGGAGGAGAACUUCCACUCAAUCCCAGACCUCAAGAUCGAAGAAGUCGGACGACUGCGGUUCCGCGGGCGUUUCAAGGCCGGCACAGACCGCGACCAUCUGCGCUUCGUCAGCGACAACGACUCUCGCGAAACCAUCGAGACCUGGGAAGCCUGCUUCGCAGAGGGCGUGCGCCAAGAAGAAGUCACCAAAGAACUACCCCCCGCCGUGCGGAAAUUACACGAGGACUCCUUAACCAAAGACCGUGAUGUCCUUGCCACAGUCUCUGAGGAAGACCGGCGCAGGUGGCUCGCGAGAGACGGCACAGACUGGACCGGUGCUUUCGGCCAGGAUCCCGCCGCCAUAAUGACUGGUGGCGACGGCCGCGACGAGACGGAAUACGAAACCGACGCGACAUCAGAGGACAUACCAGACACGCCAGACCUACCAGACGUCCCCGACACAACGGACGAAGCAACCCCCAUGCCCCUCUCCACCAACCCCAUCGCCUCCGCCUCGCUCCCCCACAGCAACACCGACCUAGGCAUCCAAGACGCCACCACCACCACAUCUCCCCGCGCCAGCAACGACGACAACGCCCCCGGCCGACCCAGCACCAGCGCCAGCACCGGCGCCAGCAGCAUGGCGAGCCAGAGCACAAACGCAUCGGGACAUAGCCGAAGUAGCCGCAACCCGAUUACCCAGUACAAGGAGUACCGGGACCGGAGCCGGGACUUGCACCGGCAGCAUCGGGGGCUGAUGCAGUGGCGGCCGUUGCGCAAUGCGCAGUUUGCUAAGGACGAGGCGAAGUUUGCGGUUAGGAGGGUUACGAGGAUGGGGGCGUUGAAUGGGCGGCAGCCGGAUGUUGAGACGGAGGUUUGA